GUUAUUGUGGGCACAGUGCGUGGUGGUGACUUGGUUAGUCGGUUUCUGGUUAUGCGUUUGUUUUCUAGCUAGCGUAACGAGGAACACUGCAAAACCUAUAACGCAAAUUCGUGCAUAUACUGUCUAGUUGUUGGAGAUUUGAAAUGGCGAAAGGGAAGAAAAAAAUGCUGACCACCUACAAGGGACCCGAGGGAACCCUUCAGCCCAAACAAGUCGAAAAGGAGACAAAGGAAAAUAAACCAGAAUUGAAUGGGGAUGCAGGUAAUGGUCAGAGCACUUUACCAAGUCUUCGGAGUCCCAGCAAACAUAAAUCUCCUCUCUGCAACAACUCAAGUUCUCUCAGCCAAGAGGAAAAUGUGCCUGAGAAAUUGACUCUACAAACUGAGAAAUCAAAGCAAGGGAAAGUGAGACAGAAUCAAGUUAAGUCUCAAGCUGGCGUGUCUCGGCAAGAGGAGAAUAAAGUGAGGACCUGCUUGGCUCUUCGACCCAGAGAAACAACUACCUUGAAGAUCAAGGAGGAUCCUAAAUCGCACCCCAACCCAGGGCUUGCGCCAGAUGUCCCCAUGCCCAAAUCUAAGGGGGGAGCUAGUCAAAAAGUCAAAAAAGCACAAGGCAGUGCUGCCCAAAACAGGAAGGUCACAGAUUAUUAUCCGAUUAGACAGAGUUCCAGAAAAAGCAAAGCUGAAUUGAAGAACGAAGAACACCGACAUCUUGAUGACCUGAUAAAACAAGGAGUUGAAGAAGGACUGCAGGUAAAACAUAUAGAGGGGAAGGGAAGAGGAGUGUUUGCCGUCAGAUGUUUCAAGAAGGGUCAAUUUGUAAUUGAGUAUCAUGGUGACUUGUUGCAUCUGACUGAUGCCAAGAAGAGAGAGGCUCUGUAUGCCCAAGACCCUGGGACUGGCUGCUACAUGUACUAUUUUCACUAUCUCAGCAAAACCUACUGUGUUGAUGCUACAAAAGAAUCAACUCGCCUGGGAAGGCUGCUAAACCACAGUAAAAAUGGCAACUGCCAGACCAAGCUCCAUGACAUGGAUGGAAUACCUCAUCUCAUACUGGUGGCUUCCAGGGACAUUGUGGCAGAGGAAGAGCUGGUUUAUGACUACGGAGACCGUAGCAAGGAAUCAAUAUGUGCUCACCCAUGGCUCAAAUACUGAUGUGCCACCAGAGUAUUCUCUCAAGAGAAUGACUAGGUGCAUUAAUUUCUUCAAAAAGAGAACCUGUUCUCUUUUUGUUUUUUAAAAAUCCAUUCCAUUGGCCCUAAGGUGCAAACUGCUUUCCGGUGAGAAAAAUUAAGUGCGCCUGAUGUUUUUCUGUCUUCUGCUUUUUCAAGCUUUACUUUUGGGCAAAACAGUGGCAGUAUGAACAAGGUGGAGGACAACCUUUUAAGAUUGCACAUGGGUUAAAUUUGUUUUUAAAACUAUGAAUUUAUUGCUGGAUUUGGAUGGAGUUUUUAUACAUAUUUAGGCCAGUGUGUCCAUGACGUGUGAAAUAUAUUUUUUAACAUACUAGCUAUUGUUUUUACGUUGCUUUUAUAUAAGUGAUUCAUUUAUCAAGCUAGGUAUGGUUCUAGUUGACGCAACAAUUUUCAUAUGAGCGUCAAUGCUGUCCUGGCUUCGGGGAGAACAGCUUAUACUUGAUUUGAAAAUGUAGCUUUUGUUGCAAUGGGUGAAACAUCCUAAUGAAUUUUGAAUACAAUGUAAGUUGCUCUUUUUGAGCAUAAAUGAACUGUGUACAUAGACAAAUAUUUUCAUAAAUCUGGCUAGCAUGGAAGCUCAGUUUGCAAAGCAUAGAAAGGCAAGCUUAUAAAUAUUCAGACGUGCAACAGUCCAGCAUCCUUGUAUGAGUAUUUCACAACGUGCAACAGAUUAAAUAUAUUUGGUGUGAUUUUCUAACAGUAAUAUUUUUAAAUGGUUUUAUUUACAGGUGCUCUAUUGUUUGAGAGGUCAAAUGGUAGAGUUCAAAAGCCCUUUGCGCUAGUAUAAAAGUUAUGUUCAAUCACUCAGUAAAAAGCAAAGAAAAUGUCCAGAACUUGCAUUAAAAAAAAUUCGGGGUGAACACUUUUUAUAUAGGCUCUUAUACCUUGUGGUGCCCCCCUCCCCACCUGCCCUCAGAAAAGACUAAAUUUGUCAUGUCAUAAACUCUACAUGGUGUCAAGCGUUCCACAGGUGUGCUGGCACAUUGACUCCAAUGCUUCCCACAGUUGUCAAGUUGGCUGGAUGUCCUUUCGGUGGUGGACCAUUCUUGAUAUACAUGAGAAAUUGUUGAGUGGGAAAAAACCUAGCAGCGUUGCAAUUCUUUGACACAAACUGGUGUGCUUGGCACCUAAUACCGUACACCGUUCAACGGUAAUGGUCUUGCCCAGUCACUCUCUGAAUGGUACCCAUACACAAUCCAUGUCUCAAGGCUUAAAAUCCUUUAACCUGUCUCCUCCCCUUAAUCUACACUGAUUAAGUGGAUUUAACAAGUGACACCUAUAAGGGAUCAUAGCUUUCACCUGGUCAGUCUCGUGGUAAGAGCAGGUGUUAAUGUUUUGUAUACUCAGUGUACAUUUAAAAAAUAAACUAUUUGCUAAAACAUUCCAAUGGCAGUAGGGUGCUCAUGUAGUCUUGGAGGUCCUGUCUCUACUGUUGUAACCCCCCGGCUUGAAUGUUGGUCUUUGCAAGGUUCCAUCUGUUCAUCCAGAGUUUGAGCCAAAUAGUGAUGAAUGUUCAACCAAAAAGGAAUCCUGUUACAGCUCAUUUUUGUACAAAGUUCAAGGAAACAUGAGUUUGGCGUGCAUCUACCAUGUUAUCUACCUAUAGUGCAGAAAUAGGAAUUUUCCCUUAACUAUUAAUGACAUGACACAAAUCUAUAAAAACAAUGCCGAGAUACUUUUAAAAGACGUAAUUGUUCUAGAGUUUAAAAUUGCCAUUAAUUCAUAAAAAAAUGUAAAAUUAUUCUAAUACAAAGAAAGCAUAGGGGGGAAAAGUGUGCAUAAAAAUGUUUGGUUUAUCGUUAGUAUUAAUGCUUUAGGUCCUUCUCACACUGGUUGUCCUCAUUUCCGCCUGAAUGAAAACCUACAAAUAAAGACAUUAGUU